ACUACUUAGGGGGCGUCUGGUAGCUGAGAAAUAGGCUGAAACACCAAUUCAUUCACGCCAUUUCCGUCGUUUGGUUGGCCGAACACCAAUCCACCGACCCGGGAUUCAGCCGCCGGGUUUCAACCUUACAUCUACUACUAUCAUCCUCUCCGUGUCAAGAGUAUCAAGGUGGUGAGCAGGUAUAAGAUUUGGGCGUUUCACGAUUCGGCUAGAAACGGGACCUUCAUACCAUUUUUCCCUCCGAUUUCGUCAGCCGUAUCGUUUUUGUUACUGUUGGCAACUCAAUUUCUGCCGUUCGCGAUUUCGACGCUCGACAGUCGUCUGUCACCGCCAAAGUUCAAUUUGGAUUCCGUCGGCUUAGCUUCGUUUGGGAAACUUUGCUCCUCAUUGCAUGUUGUAGUCCCUUGAUGCUUCAUUUUCCAUCUGUCCAAUUUCGGUAUGGAAGACCCCAAGCAAAAAAACGUGAGGAGGUCGAGGCCGCAAUAGUUAUGAUCGAGGACAUUAUCCGUGACCAUCAACAGAACUACUUCACUAUUUUAAAUAUGGUUCGCAUCAUUGUAUACAAUUCGGACAACAACAGGAUGACGAGACCCAUGCCUCAUACAGUAUGUCAGAAAAAAUGCCGGCACAAGUCGCACAUAUGAACCGACUUACUGGGGUGACUGACGUGGACUGCAUCAACAACCUGCAGAUGGACUGCAAUGCUUUUGGGCGUCUAUGUCGCAUUCUUCGUGAUAGGUGUCGUUUAGUGGACCAAAGGUAUGUUCGCGUGGAGGAGCAGGUAGCAAUGUUCCUUAGCAGUCUUGCCCAUCACAACAAAAAUCGUGUAGUUGGAUUCCAUUUUCUUCGGUCGAAACAUACUGUGAGUCACUACGUGCACGACAUUAUGCGCGACGUUAUUCAUCUGCACAAAACCCUCUUUGUGCAGCCGUUGCCGGUUGAUGAUAGUUGUGACGACCCAAGAUGGAAAUGGUUUAAGGGUGGUCUGGGUGCACUAGACGGGACGUACAUUAACGUCCAUGUUAGUAUAGCCGAUGCUUCUCGUUACAGGUCUAGGAAGGGUGAAAUCGCAGCGAACACACUAGCCGUGUGCGACAGGUUUCUUCGGUUUGUGUACAUUCUACCGGGAAGGGAGGGGUCCGUGGCAGAUUCAAGGGUUCUUCGGGAUGCGUGUUGAUAUGGCGAACUACACGUGGGCUAAUCAAUAGGUGUUUCUUCAUCCAUUGCUGUUUAGACUGUCGAACUUGUUGCUGUAAAUUUUUUUUUCUGCCUAUGGAUUGUAUCAAUUGCACUUUCGUAUCUCAUUUGGCGGGGAGAUUAUAAACUCAGAAUCGUUUGUAGCAUUAGAAUUUUUCGUUACUAAACUGAUUGUUUAUCA